GGUUUGCUGCUGAUGGUGCAAAUGUGAAUUUUGGUGACAAACAUUCUUUGUCUACACUUCUUGCCAAAGACAUACCGCAUUUAUUUACUAUGAAGUGCAUUUCUCAUUCUUUCCGUUUGUGUGCCUCAUGCGCUUGUGAAAAAUUACCUAGUGAAAUCGAAGAUCUUGCACGAGAUGUGUAUAAGUACAUACAAAAUAGUCCAAAACGAUUUGGGGACUAUACUGACUUUCAAAAGUUCGUGGAGGUAAAACCUCAUAAACUUUUACAUCCAUCGCAAACUAGAUGGUUGUCUUUACUACCAGUCGUGGAAAGACUUUUAGAACAAUUACCUGCUUUAAUUCUUUAUUUUCAAGGCGCUGUUCUUACAGAUCAUUUAGCUGCAGCUCAGUUAAUUCUGGACCAGUGUAUGAAACCUACAACUGAAUUGUAUUUAGAAUUUUUGAAGUUUGUAUUAUCUUAUUUUCAUGAUUUGAAUAAAGAGAUGCAGUCAGAGUCCCCAAAGCUUUAUUUGUUGUACGACAAAAUUUAUAUCACUUACAACAUGAUUUUAGAGUGUUUUUUGAGGCCAGAAUGUUUAGAACUAUCAGAUCAGAGAAAAAAAUUUUAGCUAUCGAUUUUUUCGAUGUACAAAACUAUUUAGACUUGAACGAAAUUUAUCUUGGAGGAAAUGUUACGGCUCUACUUGAAUUACGGAAAAAUUCCUUGUCAAAAGAAACUGUUGAUCAGUUUCGCAAGACAUGUCUUGCUUUUUUUACUGAAAGCGUCAAGCAAUUAACGGAAAGAUUUCCUUUUGAUAAAAGAAAUCAAAUUAAAAGCUUAUCUUUUUUAAACCCAGAUACAAUAUUGAACCCGAAAUUAAAACAACGUAAGCCAUCGAUAGCAAAUUUAGGGACUUUGUUUCCAGUAUUGUGUCCUCAAGAUUUGACAGAGCUUGAUCGUGAGUGGAGACUACUCAGAAAUCUAAAACUACCAUUUACUUGUGAAGAUAAUGUUAGAGUUGACGAGUUUUGGUGUUACAUUUCUCGGAUUACCAAAGGUGAUGGGUCUAAAAUGUUUCCUUUGCUGGCUACGUUCACUGAAGUUCUUCUAUGUUUGCCACGCAGUAGUGCAAAUGUAGAACGUUUAUUUUCAUCUAUAAAUAUGAUGAAAACUCACGUCAGGAAUCAAUUUAACACUAAAACUUUGACAGGAUUACUUUUUACCAAAAAUGAUUUAGAAACUCCUUGCUUCGAUGUGAAACUGACUGAUGACUAUAAACAAUUAUUUACAACAAAUAUGUAUGACUUUAAAAAAAAAGAAAAGACCAGUCAUCUCGUAGAAAGUAGUGAUUCUGAUAACUGAGAGUAUCUAGUCUUUUUUAAGUUAAAUGAAUAAUUUAUAUUAUCGCUUACUGUUUAAAUAAGAGCUUAUAAUAUUAUAAUAAAAU